AUCGAAUGCAAUUGCCACGACUGGCACCGGCAAGAAUGGCAUCAUGUCAAUGUCAUCAGAUGCGAAUGCUUUUCUGCGAGAUAUGCUAUCAACAACAACUAGCCCUGGAUUAUUAUCCGGUCUUAGCACAAGCGGAUGCGGUCUCAACACAAGUGGAGAAAAUGCAAGUUCUAGCUGUUUUCUUAGUGGGUCCUUGGCCAGUAAUACUGGAUCAAUUCCUGCCGGACCGGCAACACUGGCAGAUUUCUGUUCGCAAUCCCUCGGUGGCCAUCCGUUACUGCGGCAGAAGCGCGAGCAAAGCGGCUGCACAUCGGGCGUGGGCUCUUCUUGUCCUUUGAUGUCAGUACCUUCGAACAAUGCCACAGCAAGUGCCAAGGCGGAGGUCGACCGCCUUCUGCAGCAAGCGCCACUUCCACCUGGAUCACUACCGUCUUUGAAUAAGGACUAA